AUGGCAGCUUUUUCUCAUAACCCACAACAACAAUGCAUUGAUUCUGUUUUCUCAGAUCAGAAUGCUAAUUUCUUUCUAUCCCAUCAUCAAUUUUAUCAGUUACCAAUUUCUUCUUCUGAUCUUCAUCUUUCUUUUCAUCAGGGCAUCAUCCCUGCCCCUGUUUCUGAUACAUUCACCAUUGUUAAUGAAAAAUCUGAAGAACAGAUGAUGAAUAAACAGAGUACUGAUUCGAUAUCAUCUGUUGUUGAUUAUAAAGCUGAGACUAGUGCUAUUGUUGGGGAUCAGUUUACUCAGAAUUCUUUUGUAUCUGCAACUUCUAUGCCUAAGAAGAGAAAAAUUUAUGAUCGGUCUUCUUCUUCAUUGAGCUCUGCACAUUCAAAGGUUGUAAGAGAAGUUAUGAAGGGUAAGAAGAAGCAAAAGAAAGUUAGUAAUGAUGAGGAAAAUGGGAAUAAGGUUAAUAAUAAUAAGGGUGAAAAGAAGGAAGAACCUUCAUCAAAAGGCUAUAUUCAUGUAAGAGCUAGAAGGGGCCAAGCUACAGAUAGCCACAGUCUUGCAGAAAGGAUUAGGAGAGAAAAAAUUAGUGAGAAAAUGAAGCAAUUGCAAGCUCUUGUUCCUGGUUGUGAUAAGGUAACUGGGAAGGCCCUCAUGUUGGAUGAAAUAAUAAAUUAUUUGCAGUCCCUACAGAACCAAGUAGAGUUCCUAUCCAUGAAGCUCUCUUCAUUCAAUCCCAUGUUCUAUGACUUUGGAAAUGACUUGGAUGCUUUCAUGCUUCUGCCUAAUGAGGGAAUGACCAACUUCAUGCCGAAUGCACAUCAUUGCGAAAACCCUACAUUUAGCGAUUCAACCAGCACUUGCACAUUUACCAUCCCGAAUAAUAAUUUCCCUCUCUCGGAUCCAUCGUCUCUCCUAUUCCAACAAGCUCUUUCUCAAGACAAUGGACAGCUCUUGUGGGAUAUUGAUGAACAAAGACAAAGACUUAUUGGCCUGUCUGGCUUCAUAGCCAACAACAACUUGGGUUCUUUCCAUUAAAGAAAACAAUCAAGCUAGAGCUGCCCUACAAACAUCUGGUAUGUUAUGUAAGAAGAUCCUUCUCUAGCUAGGAGUAGGAGAUCAGAAGGCCAUAACCCAGCAUGGUUUCAUGGCAGCAAAUUAAUAAAAUAAAAAUCUUAAGAAUAUAUAUAUAUUCCUUAGAAUAGAUUAAUUUCUUUAAAGAUGUGAUCUAGAAUGGAGUUAUGAAGGAGGAAGGAGGGCACAUGCAUGAAGCAAAAGAAGAAGAGAAAAACAUAGAAAAAGACAAAUGCUGGACAGACCAUUCAACAUGGUGCUCUACCUUUUUGUAAGAUGUACUUACUAUUCAUGAAACAUUUUGACUCCAAAAAGCACAUACUACCAUUUAUUAUUAUUAUUAUUAUUAUUUGAAAGAAUGAUAGACCCAGAAAGCUCUGUGGUGGUGGGACUUAGCUCUCUUGUAAUAAUAAUAAUAAAAA